CUCACUUAUGCUCGGUUUAUUUUUUUCCCCGUUUUUUAAUCAUUUGUAUUUCAUUUUGUAAAGUUUCUAUUGCUAUAUCUUCAAGUUCAGUUCUGCAUCUCCUUAUCUGUCGAUUCUAUCAAGUGUAAUUUUCAUCUUGGAUUUUGUAGUUUUAACCUCUAGACAUGCUACUUAGAUCUUUUUUAUAUCUUCCAUAUCACUCCUUAACAUGCUUUUGCUUUUGACUACUUUCUUGAGCAUAUGAAUUAUAUUUACAAUAACUGUUUUAAUGUCUUUGUGUACUAAUUCUGUUACCUCUGUCUUUUCUGAGUCUGCGUCUAUUGGUUGAUAUUUUUAUUCAUUACAGGUUGUGUUUUGCUGCAUUUUUGCAUACCUAGUAAUUUUUAAAUGCAUGCCAGACAUUGUGAAUUUUAUCUUUUUUGGAUGCUGAAUAAUUUUGUGUUGUUUUAAAUAUUCUUGAGGUUUGUUCAGGGACACAGUUAAGUUACUUGCAGACUAUUUGAUUGUUGUAAGACUUUUAAGCUUUGUACAGGACCAGAGGAGACUUUAGUAUGGGUCUAAUUUUUCCCCACUACUGAUACAAUACCCGAGUGUUCUGUCUGAUGCUGUGUAUAUUUAAGAGGUUUUCCACCGCUGGGGAGGAACACGAACUAUUUUAGGCCCUAUGUAAACAACAGGGGUUUUUCCACGUACCUUUUUCAGGUGGUUCUUUCCCCAGCUUCAGGUUGUUUCCUCAUAUUCAUGUGCUGAUCUGUACUUAACACUCAAGGAAAGCCCUCUACAGAUCUUUGGAGUGCUCUCUGUAGCUCUCUGGUACUCUGCCCUGCAAAUUCUCACCUCCUUUGAUUGGCACCUCUGCCUCUUGAACUCAGGGAGACUGCUAGGCUCUGUCUCUGUCCGCCUGCCUGCACUGCAGCUGGAAGCUCUCCAGGCAGUAGCUCAGGCAGUCAGUCAUAAGGCUCACCUCAUUAGUUUUCCCUCUGUCACAGAUUACUUUCCUUAGUAUCUGUUGUCUAGUGUCUGAAAUCACUUCUUUCAUUUAUUUUUUCCAGUAUUUUAGUUGUCUAAGGCAGGAGGGUAAAUCUGGUUCUUGUUACUUCAUCAUUGCCAGAAGUGAAAGUCUUAGGCGUACAUUCUGCGUCUCUGAUGUGCCAUUCUUUUUACCCAGACCUAGAAUAAUUUUUCUUUCCUAAUUGAUUUUGAACUCCAGUUAUUUCUUCAGAUUUCAAGUUAGAUGGACCUCACUUACAGGCUUCCAUGACUUCCAAUGAUAAUUACUUUCUCUUUAUUCCAUGUUACCAUAGUUUUGGUAUUUAUGUAUAUUGUACUAAAUAAUAUUGCAGAAUCAUUUAUUUGUCUUUCUCUGUAGCACUUCAUAUACUUUCUACUAAGUAUUUUAUAUAUUCUAUCUUACUUAAUUUUAUCUUCAGAAUACCCAUAUGAGGUUGUUAACUACUGUGAUCUGUGCACAGUGAAUCUCAAGCCAGUACCUGGCUUGAAAAUAGGUACUUAGUAAAUAUAUGAAUGCGUAAUGAAGAUAAUUGAAGUAUAUCUAGAAGAAAGAGAUUAGAGUCUUGAAGGGGACUCAAAAUGAUGUAAUGUUUAGAAUUGUUUAAGGAACUGGAGAAGCUUAGCCUGGACAAAGAGGACUCUGGAACCUGAAUACCAUCUUCAAAUGUUUUGAGGGGCUGUCUCAUCGAAGAGGGAUUAGACUAGUUCCUUAUGGCCCCAAGGAGGUAAAAUUAGGACUACCAGGUGAAAACUAUAGGGAGAUAUUAUACCUUCAUAAAAGGAGAAUUUUUGAUAGGGCUCUCUAAAACUAGAGUGGAUUGCCUUGGUAAUUUCUUUUUGAUGAAUACAUUCCCUACUAUGCUGCUCGUCCACUUCAUAGCUGUAAUAUAACAAUGCUGAACUUGAAGUUAUACUCUCAGCUCUUUAUAUUGUUUACUAACACAAUUCAAAAUGUCUCAUGCAUUGCCUGGCACAGAGUGGACACUUAAUUAGUACUCUUCCCCUUGGUGGACAAACAUUAGAAAAGUAAAUGAUUUAGAUGACUGCCGAGAAUCUGAGAUUGUAUGAUUCUUUGGGAAACCUUGGUUCAUAUAUCUUAAUUUUAUUAUUUCCUUUAUAUUUUCUUUUUGUCAUUUAUAACCACAUUUAUGUAAUGAUUAUUCAUUAUUUGCUUAAGUAAUCUUAAAAAUAAUUCAUUAGAAGGAUAAGACUGAGAAGAACUUAUUUUUAACAUAGGUUUGUGGCUGUGAAUAUAGAAAAAUGAAUUCAAAUCCUCUACUCGAAUAGCAUAAAAAUGUUAUUCUUGUGUGCCAUUUCAAUCCUUUUAUUAAUUCAACAGAUUGUUAUUAUGUGCCUAUGAUGUGCCAGCCUAUGUUAGUCACUGGGGAUACAGUGGUAAAUAAGGCAAAGGCCCUGCCUCAAGGAAUCUGCAAUCUCCUAGGAAAGAUAAACAGUGAAAAUAAACUGUGAUGAGUGUUACAGUAGAUUGAAUGUAGAGUGUUAUGGAUGUACGUAAAAAUUGAGAUUCAGCACUAUCUUGAGAAAGAAUGGGGGAUAAGCAGAAGCAUCAUGGGGGAAAGUGCAUAUAUAAGCUGAGAGCUGAAGGAUGAGUAGGAGUUAUUAAGGCGUAAAAGAUGGGAGAGAGGAAUACUUCAGACUAAGGUCUAAAGGCCAAAGAGAACAUACCACAUUUGGGCAAUUGGAAACAUUUAGUCAUGUAGUGCACUUGGAGCAUGGAGUUUGAUACCGGUGUGGCAGAAGAUGAGACUAAAGAGGUAAGCAGGGACUAGAUUACAAAUGGUCUUAUGACUCAUAUUAAGGAGUUUAGACCCUAUCCUAAGGAAAAUGGGUAACCACUGAGGUUUUUAAAGUAGGAGAAUAAUUUGACCAGAUUUUUACUUUAGAAAGAAGCACAGUGAUGAUUAUCUUUCUUAGUAAGAAGUUAAAUAAGUAAUAUAUAAAACUGAAAAAUCAAGAAAUAGAAGUAUAAACUUGUUAUUUAGAAAUAAAGGGGAAAAUAUUAGAAGAAAUAGCUAAAAGAAUUGAGAGUAGUUGUCCUUGGGGAGUGGGAAUCAGUACGGAAGAGUUAGGGCAGUGGACUAAUGUUUUUCUCUUUAUAAACCUGGUAGAAUGAUUUAACUUUCUUAAUCUACAUGCAGUGUAGCAUAGUUGUUAAGAAUAUGGAUGGUAAGGCCAGGCUGCCUGGAUGAAAUCUUGCCUCUACUGCCUGUAAGUUACUUAAUUUCUCUGUGCAUAAGUUUUCCUAUCUUUAAAAACAGGAAUAAUAAUACUAAUAGAACUAAUGAAGGGUUUGUGAGCAUUAAGUGAGUUAAUACAUGUACAGUGCUUAAGACAGUGUGUGGUACAUAAUAAACACUGAAAAAGUGUUGUUAUUAUUACAAACCAGGCACUCUUAAGUACUGGAAAUACAAGGAAAAAUAGACAAAUUUACAGUCAUGGGGAAGAUUUUAGUAAUCAAGAGAACAAGCAAAGAAUCAUCACAGUAUAGAAGAUUUAAUCAACAUGAUUAUUAAAAUUAUUCUAAUGCACAUAUGAAGAACAUUGUACCCAACAACUGUAGAAUACACAUUCUUUUCAAGAACACAUGGCACAUUUGUAAAAUUGACUGAAGAAAUUCUCAAAUCAUACAGAUCAUGAUGUGUAUUCAGAAGGCAUUUAAGCCAGAAAUCAACACAAAGGUUAACUAAAAUAUUCCCUAUAUAAUUAUAAACAUAAAAGUACACUUCAGAUUAACCCAAUAUUAAAAUAUUAAUCAUAAUUGAAGUUAGAAAAUAAUAAUGAAAGUGCUACAUAUCAAAACUUGGAAUGCUGUUAAAGAAUAGUAAAAGUUUCACACGUGUAUUUUAGGAAAGAAAUAAAGGCAGUAAGACUGUAUAACACACUGGUCCAUACUUAACCAUAAUCGAUUUUCAGAAAAUGUUUGAUGAAUAAAUCAGUUUUUUUACUUUCUGAAACAGAAAUAUGAAGUACUAAUAUAAAAAGAAAAGUCUAAGUUUUGUCGUAUUUUGUAGGGAAUAUGAAAGGAAAUAAAGAUAGCUUAUGUUUAUAUAGUUUCUUCUGACUAGAGAAGAAACUGCUUUUUAGACUUUUAUAUUGAAUAUGAUAAGCUAAAAUAGAAAUUAGACAAAUUUUUUGUGUAUUAAACAAGUGUGUGUAUGUGUGUGCAUGAGACAGAGAAUUCCAAAAGGAAAUACUUCUAACUCAAGGGUUGUGGAAUUAUUUAUUAUUUAUACUGAAUUCAUCUUUCAAAUGAUUUUCAUAAGAAUCCAUUGGAAUGUCCAUUAUCUUCAAGGAUUGGUAUAGCAUCAGCUUUUCCACUGUUGUUUCAGAUAACUUUCCAAGCUGCCAGUAUGUAUUUUUUGUUUUUGAAAUUCCAUUCUAAUACUGUCUUGUGGUAUUAAAAUGCGUGACUUAACAAGGUCCCGUAUGUACUUUAUCAGCUUUCACAUUUAAAACCAAAAACCAAACCCAUUGCCAUCAAGUCAGUCCCGACUCAUAGCGGCCCUAUAGGACAGGGUAGAACUGCCCCAUAGAGCUUCCAAGGAGUGCCUGGUGGAUUCAAACUGCUGACCUUUUAGUUAGCAGCCGUAGCAUUAACCACUACGCCAUCAAGGUUUACAUUUAAAACAACAUUCAAAACUGCUUCUCUCUAAGCUAUCUGAAUUCUGAGAAGAGAACAAGUUUUUUGCUUCAGAAAUUCUGUUUAUACUGAAAGUUUUAAAGUAGAGAUGACAAACAAAAAAUACUUAUAGGGGCCACUGAGGAGUAAAUGAAAGGAGCAGGAUGGGAGCUGUGGUAAACUUUAGAGCACUUAUACUCUGCCCUGCUUAAACAAAGCAACUCUUAGUCAGCUCUGGCUGUCUGUGGCCAUGAGGGAACAUGGACCAUGGUGCCAAAUCUUCAGAAUUUUCAAAAAAUGUCAUACGUUUGGCAGUUAAGUCUGAACACUGUAAGUCAUCUAAAACAAAUCUGUGACCAGGAUCCAUCCCAGACUAUUAGUUAACAAACAACUUUAAUGGGAUAUUUAAUUUUAAUGAAAUCUUUUUUUUUCUUCGUUGCGUUUUACAUAUAGUCGACAGAGGUACGUUCUUGGAGACACAGCAAUGCAGAAGAUGGCCAAGUCCCAUGUUUUCUUAAGUGGUAUGGGUGGUCUUGGUUUGGAAAUUGCAAAGAAUAUAGUUCUUGCAGGGAUUAAGGCACUUACAAUUCAUGAUACAGAAAAUUGCCAACCAUGGGAUCUAGGAACCAACUUCUUUAUCUGUGAAGAUGAUGUUGCUAAUAUGAGAAACAGGUGAAAAUGAGACAUUUUGGUGGAUUAUCAGCUGAAGCUGUACUUCAACAUAUUGCAGAACUAAAUCCAUAUGUUCAUGUCACAUCAUCUUCUCUUCCUUUAAAUGAAACCACAGAUCUCUCUUUCUUAGAUGAAUACCAGUGUGUAGUAUUGACUGAGAUCAGACUUCCACUGCAGAAGAAGAUUAAUGACUUUUGCCGUUCUCAGUGCCCUCCAAUUAAGUUCAUCAGUGCAGAUGUACAUGGAAUUUGGUCACGGUUGUUUUGUGAUUUCGGUGAUGAAUUUGAAGUUUUAGAUACAACAGGAGAAGAACCAAAAGAAAUUUUUAUUUCAAGCAUAACGCAAGCUAAUCCUGGCAUUGUCACUUGCCUUGAAAAUCAUCCUCACAAACUUGAGACAGGACAGUUCGUAACAUUUCGAGAAAUUAAUGGAAUGACGGGGUUAAAUGGAUCUACACAACAAAUAACUGUGGUGUCACCAUUUUCUUUUAGCAUUCGUGAUACUACAGAACUGGAACCAUAUUUACAUGGAGGCAUAGCUGUCCAAGUUAAGACUCCUAAAAUAUUUUACUUCGAAUCACUAGAGAAGCAGAUAAAACAUGCAAAGUGCCUUAUUGCGGAUUUUAGCAAACCUGAGGCGCCAUUACAGAUUCACACAGCUAUGCUUGCCUUGGACCAGUUUCGGGAGAACUAUAGUCGCAAGCCAAAUGUUGGAUGCCAACAAGAUUCAGAAGAACUGUUGAAACUAGCAACAUCUAUAAGUGAAACCUUGGAAGAGAAGCCUGAAGUAAAUGCUGACAUUGUGAAUUGGCUCUCUUGGACUGCUCAAGGCUUUUUAGCCCCACUUGCUGCAGCAGUAGGAGGUGUUGCCAGCCAAGAAGUGUUGAAAGCUGUGACAGGAAAGUUUUCUCCUUUGUGCCAGUGGUUAUAUAUCGAAGCAACAGAUAUUGUCGAAUCACUAGGCAAACCUGAAUGUGAAGAAUUUCUCCCAAGAGGGGAUAGGUAUGAUGCCUUACGAGCCUGCAUUGGAGACUCUUUAUGUAAGACGCUACAAAAUUUGAAUAUCUUUUUAGUAGGAUGUGGAGCCAUAGGCUGUGAAAUGCUAAAAAACCUUGCUUUACUUGGUGUUGGCACAGGCAAAGAGAAGGGAAUGGUUACAAUUACAGAUCCUGACUUGAUAGAAAAAUCCAACUUGAAUAGACAGUUCUUGUUUCGUCCCCAUCACAUACAGAAACCUAAAAGCUAUACUGCUGCUGAUGCAACCCUGAAAAUAAAUCCUCAAUUAAAGAUAGAUGCACACCUGAAUAAAGUAUGCCCAGCCACUGAGACCAUUUACAAUGAUGCGUUCUAUACUAAACAAGAUAUAAUUAUUACAGCAUUAGAUAAUGUGGAAGCCAGAAGAUAUGUAGACAGUCGUUGUUUAGCAAAUCUACGACCUCUGUUAGACUCUGGAACAAUGGGCACUAAGGGACACACUGAAGUUAUUGUGCCUCAUUUGACUGAAUCCUAUAAUAGUCAUCGGGAUCCCCCAGAAGAGGAAAUACCAUUUUGUACUCUAAAGUCCUUUCCAGCUAUUAUCGAACAUACUAUACAGUGGGCAAGAGAUAAGUUUGAAAGUUCCUUUUCUCACAAGCCUUCAUUGUUCAACAAAUUUUGGCAAACCUAUCAUUCUGCAGAAGAAGUCUUACAGAAGAUACAAACUGGACACAGUUUAGAAGGCUGUUUUCAAGUUACUAAGUUACUUAGCAGAAGACCUAGAAAUUGGUCCCAGUGUGUAGAAUUAGCAAGAUUAAAAUUUGAAAAAUAUUUUAACCAUAAGGCUCUACAACUUCUUCACUGUUUCCCUCUGGACACACGAUUAAAAGAUGGCAGUUUGUUUUGGCAAUCACCAAAGAGGCCACCCUCACCAAUAAAAUUUGACUUAAAUGAACCUUUGCACUUAAGUUUCAUUCAGAAUGCUGCAAAACUAUAUGCUAUGGUAUAUUGCAUUCCAUUUACAGAAAAGGACUUGUCAGCAGAUGCCCUCUUGGAUAUUCUUUCUGAUGUAAAGAUUCAGGAAUUCAAACCUUCCAACAAGGUUGUUCAAACAGAUGAGACUGCAAGAAAACCGGACCAUGUUCCUAUUAGCGGUGAAGAUGAGAGGAAUGCUAUUUUCCAACUAGAAAAGGCUAUUUCAUCUAAUGAAGCUACCAAAAGUGACCUUCAGAUGGCAGUACUUUCAUUUGAAAAAGAUGAUGAUCGUAAUGGGCACAUAGAUUUCAUCACAGCUGUGUCCAAUCUUCGCGCGAAGAUGUAUGGCAUUGAACCAGCUAACCGUUUCAAAACAAAGCGAAUAGCUGGUAAAAUUAUACCUGCUAUAGCAACAUCUACUGCUGCAGUGUCUGGCUUGGUUGCAUUGGAGAUGCUCAAAGUAGCUGGUGGCUGUCCAUUUGAAGCUUAUAAAAAUUGUUUCCUUAACUUAGCCAUUCCAAUUAUAGUGUUUACAGAGACAUCUGAAGUAAGAAAAACUGAAAUCAGAAAUGGAAUAUCGUUUACAAUUUGGGACAGAUGGACUGUACAUGGAAAAGAAGAUUUUACCCUCUUGGAUUUCAUAAAUGCAGUCAAAGAAAAGUAUGGAAUUGAGCCAGCGAUGGUGGUACAGGGAGUCAAGAUGCUUUAUGUUCCUAUAAUGCCUGGUCAUGCUAAAAGGUUGAAGUUAACAAUGCAUAAACUUGUGAAACCUUCUACUGAAAAGAAAUAUGUGGAUCUUACUGUGUCAUUUGCCCCAGACACUGAUGGAGAUGAAGAUUUGCCUGGACCUCCAGUAAGAUACUACUUCAGUCAUGACACUGAUUAACAGAAGUUUUCUAAAGUUACUCCAGUACUACUUGCUUUUUGGAAGGAGUACACUUGAUUUAGAAUCUAAAAAUAUCAGCUCAUAAUACUAUGGAUUUCUCCUUGAAGAAGCCUUAUUAAUUUAAAGGAAACACCAGUAGGAAACUACAUUGAAGAAUUGUAAAACAGUUUGGAGUAUGGUGUAUACUUGUCUAGUGCUUCAUACAUGGAUAUGAUCACAAGCAAGUUUGAACUGGAAUGCCGUUUCAUAAUGCUUACAAGAAAUGUGUCUAUUAACCUCUCUGGAUAAAAAGAAGGAAAAAAUAUUUAUCCAUGACCAGAAGAGAUAAAGAGCAAGAAAUUGAAAGUAAUACAGCUAUCCAAACAGUCUAAUCCUAUUUUGUGAAUUCUUUUCAUUUAGUAUUUGUGACCCAUUUUUCUAUACAAAUAGUGUUUGGCACCCUGUACUUCUGAUAACUAGGUUUGAGAAUUUAACACCAGUGGAAAGGGGGAAUGGUAGCAGUGGAUGAAAAGUGGACAUUUUAAAUUGUGCAGUUAAAGUAUACUCUCUAUUACCUGUAUGGAGCCCUGGUGGUGUAGUGAUUAAGAGCUCAGCUGCUAACCAAAAAGUCAGCAGUUCAAAUCCACCAGCUGCUCCUUGGAAACCCUAUGGGGCAGUUCUGCUCUGUCCUACAGGGUCACUGUGAGCCAGAACCAACUCGAUGGCAGCUAAUAGCAACAACAACAAUUACCUGUUAGUUUAACCGGAAUUUGUUAUAUCACUGUUACCCAGAAAUCAGGCUUUUUGAUAAUAGUAUCAGUGUUGUAAGCCAUGAGCAGUAGGUAAGAUGACAUACGUUAACUUUUGACUGAAUGUUAACAGUAUUGUGUGGACUCUUGACAACCCUUGUAAAGAAUCCAUGAAUGUGAACAGAUAAAUGUGGCUAAUAAUUUGAUUCUUCAGUAUGCCUUCUAAUAUGGCUACUUUAUUUAUUUGAAACUCUAAACCUGAUCGCCAUAGUAUAUAAAACAAAGAUUUUGUAAAGGGAGCGUCCUUAGAAAUAGAUGAAAACAAGAAAUUAAAAAGUCUUCACUAUUGAAUCUUUUUUUUCUUCCAGCAGUCAAAUGAACAGAAAAAAAUUAAUAUUCAUUUUUAUUUUAAAGAGAAGCUUAUUAUUUUAUUCUCCGUUUCCAAAAAGGAGGAUGCUGACUAAAAUAGAAAUUUUUUUAAGUCUUUAUUGAUAGAAACUUUGUUUUCUGAUAUAAACUAUUGCAGAAGUGCUUUCAUUAAAAUGAUAUAAAGUGCAUUUACGAAUGUAAACUCAGUGAGAACAGCAAGUGAUUUAUUUCUAAGGCUGUCAUACAUUCUAAAACAACUGGCAUUUUAUAACUAUAGAGAGUCAUUUCCCUCUCGCUGCUUUUCUUGAUUCAGGCCAUUAAUAGGUACUAUGAUAAAUUAAAAACUAGAUUGAUGUCAGUAUUAUUCCAAUUCUGUCUCUUUUUACACUCUGUAUUUACUUUCUUCUUAUUUCGUGUACAAAUAGUUUGUCAGCCAGCUGGAUUGUUUCAUUAUUCUGUAAAAGUAUCAUUAAAACUACCACUUGGGAAAAUAUAUUCGCGGGUCAUGGGUGAAUUCGUAUGAUUAAAAGAUAAUGUGUACAUUGAGGGGUGGGGAGAAGUAGACAUGAAUUUAAAGGAAAUGGCUACCUUGAAAUAAGCCAUUAAUUUUCGUUCACCAUGUCUUACCCUCUCCCAUCAUACAUAUCACAACUGUAAUGCUUAAAAUUAAUGUUAGUUAAAAUUGAAGCCAGGAAAAUCAAAGCUUUGUGACUUGGAACUUGACUGGCUAGAAACAAUAAACAAACUUUUGUAUAAGAAGCCUUUUUCCCCCUUUCACUUUGUUUGCUCUAUGAGAGUAACUGAUAUUUUCCAGGAAACCAUUCAUCAGUCCUUAUAGGUGAUCGGAUAGCUUGCUUAUAUUUGAUCUAAGUCUCCAGAUCUCUUCAAAAGUAAGUUUAGAACCAUGCCAUCAAUUCAUAUUUAUAGACGUCAGAGCUUUACCGAAUAUAAACAAAAUCAACAAGCAUUAAGUUCAUUUUGUGAUUAAAACCAGCAGCCAUUUUUGUCAUUGCUUUUUUUUUCCUGUAGGUAAGGGAUAUUUCCAUCAUUUCUUCUGUUUAGUGCUACUGAUCCGGAAAGCCAGGGUAAAGUUAAUGAUAGUUUUUUUCAUUGUCUGUUUUGUUUAUUUCUGUACUGUGAAAUCACUGUUGGUGGUUAAAAUACCAGAUCCAAAAUUUAAUUAUUUGAUUUUGUACAGUACCACUGAGUAAUUUUUUACUUACUAAAAAUAAAUUAAGAAAAUUGACAGUAUCUUUGUAAAUGAUGUCACAUAGUUGACUCUAGAGAUUCUGAUUCUGCUGUUCAUUUUGUGAGUAGUGUUUUGGUGUUCCCUAAUUUUGAAGUUUUGCAGUUGAGGAGAUACAGCAGUCACUAGGUAUGGAGAGACGUUACUUCACGGUACUUUUGGCCUCCUAGAAACCCUGUUAAAACAGAUAGGAGGAAAUGGUGGUGACCAUGUAAAA